GGGCGAAAUUUGAGGGGGCGUGGUGUAGGUUGAGUUCCUAUAAAAGUGUUAACCAAACGGAGGAGUAGAGAAGAGCAGCUUUAACUGUGAAGAAGACCAUUAUUCUUCUGAGAACGUUGUCUGAGGUUUAAUGGAGACGAAACAAUCAACCAUGAAGUUUCAAAUUGUGCUUUUUCUUCUGCUGUUGACUUGCAUGUAUCCCAGUUUGGCUCAAGGAUCCUACGAAAACUGCUGUUUAAAGUAUGUUGUUGGCAUAAGAAAGGCCCUCAGAAAAAAUAUUUCUGAUUACAAAGAGCAAAAAGCAGAUGGAGGAUGUAACAUUCCGGCUAUUGUGUUCCAGAUGAAAAAAUCAAAGACCAUGUGUGCUGAUCCAAGACAAAGCUGGGUGAAAAAUCUGAUGAAGCAAGUUGAUUCAAGGAAAAAUGGUUCAAAGAAAGCUGGUGCAAAGUAAUCCCUCCAUGAAUUAAUGUAACCAAUAUGUUGGUUUUAUAACAGCAAUACAGCCAUGUAACCACCGUAUAUCUUUUUAUUUCACUUUCAUUCUGAUUCCUUACUUCUCCAGACUAUGAAUUAUCAUAAUGCAGAGGUUCAUAAUGAACUGUAUUGUAUAGUCUUCUGUUCAAUAAGCACAAUGCGAAUGUAUGAACUGUGAAUGUUUGUUUUCUCUGUUCCACCCCAACAAGAUCUCUUUAAAUCUGUAAAUAUAUAUUUUUAUAAACAUUACGUUGAUUAUAAUCUGUAAACUGUGUAGCCUACAUGUAAGUGCGCGUGUGUGUGUGUGUGUGUGUGGUGUUUGAGAGAGAGAGUGGCUGAGAGUUCAGUACAUUUAUAUUUCAUGCACCUUUUUUACUUGUAAUAAAGAUUUACAAUUUUA